UUAACAGGGGUGCACUUGCGGAACUUUAGCGAGAAAUUUCUUUACAAAUCUAGAACCUUCUGAGGUUUCCAUCUUGAUUCUUAUCUUGCGUAGAUCAAAUACCAUAAUUCAUUUAUUUAUUAAGCAAAGUUGAUCAGAAUUGCGUGAAAACCCUUUUCUGGAAACAGACUCCCCUAAUUGUGAAAGAAAGUGCAUCAGGAUUCCCUUCUGUAUUAACCAUUCUACCAUACUUGUGAAAGAAAAUUCAUUAGGAUUCUGUCAAACCCUUCUUUGGAGCCAUUAUCCCAUAUUUGUUUAAGAAAGUUGAUCAGGAUUGUGUGAAAACCCUUCCUGUAAGAUGUGUUUGGUGUUUGUUUGCGACGAAGACGAGAGGACUUUGAACACACAGGUGGCCCCUGGAGCGUGCCCUUACUGUGGAGGUGUCAUUACAGUUACAGAUGUAGAGAGCCAAUGGAGAUUCUGCUUUGUUCCCUUCUAUUUUAAAACGCGCCGAAGGCAUACUUGCACGCGCUGUGGCACCAGGCUUGUAGUUACAUCAUAAUCAAUUGCAAAAAAACUUGUAAUUCGAUCAUAAACAGGGUAGUUUUUUUUUUAAAGUUGUUAAAUAGGGUUUUGGAUAGCAUAAAUAUCAGUGUAUAUGAUGCCUUUCUGUUCUGCAAAUGUAAAUUUGAUGUUAAAAAGUACAAAAUAAAGGAGUAAUUAACAAUAGAGGAUAAUUUGAUGA